AUGGAGCAGCUCCACACUGACGUGUGCAGGCCAUUUCCCAUCACCACCAAGACCAGCAAGCACUACUUCAUCUCAAUAAUCAACAACACCACUCAUUUCACCGUCAUCAUCACCAUACACAAGAAGUCCAACAUCAAAGCCAUGCUGCACAGCCAUCUGGCUGCAACACCUGCAGACCUCAAGUGUCAACACCUCCACAGUGAUCAGGGUGGCAAGUACACCAGUGAGCAAGUGCAGGAGCUUCUGUGCACCACCAGCAUCAUCCACAAGGCCACAUCAUCACACACUCCUGAACACAAUGGCAUCGCCAAACAGUUUAACAGGACCAUUGUUGAAAUGGUCCAGUGCAUGUUGCACAACAGUGGUCUUGCCCAGUGCUACUGGGGCGAGGCACUGCACACCACCACUGCCAUCUACAAUCACUUGCCCACCAACGCCAACAACGGCGCAUCACCACUGGAUCAGUGGGACGCCAACCAUGCAGGGGCACUCAAAGACAUGCACCAGUUCAGGGCCAAGGUGGAGGUGCUGGUACUGCCCAGCAAGCGGACCAAGCUAUCUGUGCACACACACACUGGAGUUUACCUCAGGCCAGCGGACAGUGGGACCAGCAACCAUCAGGUGCUGGUGCAAGGGCACAUCCUCAUGACAUGCAAGGUUGUCUUCCCCUACAACACACAUGACAUGCUCAUGGGCGAUGACAUGUCCAUCGCAGUGGCGCCUGCCAUUGUGAACCCACUGGCCAAGGAGGCCAAUGUGGGCUCUGCUCUGCAGUGGGCCUCCAUUGACCAGUCCACCACACUGGCGCCAUCUGUGCUGGGCGCCAGUGGAUCUGCUGAGACUUCACCCCCACACUCACCAAGUCAGGUGGAGCUGUCCAUCAUUGAAUGGACGCCGCAGGGCGAGUUGCCCAUGCAGGUCAAGCCACCAGACCCCCUCACACCGCCUGACAUGCCAGUGAUGGAUGAUGACCCCACUCUCAAGGAGAGUGAGGAGGAGGAGCAUGCUGCUCCACCCAGCCUGGAGGCCAAUGACAUUGUUGUAGCGGUCAAGAAGAAGUGGCCCAUGCCAAAGAAGCCACCAGCCCACAAGCGCAAGAAGAACACCAAGUUCUACAAUGAUGAUUUCUGUGCAUUCACUGCUGAGGUGUUGCAGGCGCUUGAUGUCAGUGACAGCGCCUGCACUCCCAACAGCUACAACGAAGCUGUUGCCUUGCCUGAGGCCGCCGAGUGGAUCAAGGCCAUGAAGGCCAAGUAUGGCACACUUGACUGCAAUGGCAUGUUUGAACUAGCUCUGCUGCCUGUGGGGCUGUGA